CUCUUUGCAAGUACAGUUAAUACUUUUUCGUGAGUGUUUUUCCGUGCCUCGUGGCGGGGAUGGCGUCCUUCGGGGCGCCGCCGGUGUCUCUGAGACACGGAGUGCGUUUGGUGGCUCAGGCCGCAAGCACAGUGGAGCAGGUGCUGCUGGCUGUGGGGGAGCAGGUCGGUCAUGUAAACAUCUCCUGCUUCCCGCAUGAACAAAGCGGUCGUGGUCUUUUUGAAAGACCAGAAAUAUGUGACGGAACUUAAGGAGAGCGGAUUAAUGGUAAACGAGGAAUAUAUUCAAGUUUCGCCGUUGGCGACACCGUCCACGCGGAUCACUGUGUCUGGCGUUCCUCCAUUCAUCCCGAAUGAGGCGCUGGAACGGGAGCUGAAGCGUUUCGUGCCGCAGCAGAAGCCCACCCUCUCCGUGACGUCUCCCGGAGGUGAGGUGCUCGUGGGCCCUGAUGGUCCUGAGGUCACCUGGGGUCAGAGCGUCAGCAUCAGCUGUUCUGCAUCAACUUUACCUCAACAGCUGUUUUCUAAGACAACGUUCAUCCUGGAAAAGACUUCCAGUUCCUUCAGAGAGUCCAGAACUGCAGGUAGCAGCUCUGCUUCCUUCAGCAUUCAGGAAGUCAACCUGGAGCACGAGGGAUGGUACCGGUGUCAGUAUCAGAUACGGGCCUCACGCUCUCCCUUCAGUGACUCCGUCAGACUCUCUGUUUCUGUGCCACUGCAGCGGCCAAAGCUCUCCGUGACGUCUCCCAGCGGGGGGUUGUUCUGGAGCCCUGAAGGUGCAGAGGUCACCAGAGGUCACAGCUUCCUCCUCACCUGCUCCAUCGCUCCUCAGUAUCCUGGAGGACUCUUCUCCCUCCUCUUCUCUGGGUCCCGCCUUAACGUCAGCAGGCCGGCAGUGAACCACUCGGCCUCCUUCAGCUUCCCUGCAGCCGGACCUGAGCAGCAGGGAAGCUACAGCUGUCUGUACGAGGUCACCCUGUCCUCCUCCAGGACCUUCACCUCCACACAGGAAGCACCCCUCACUGUCAUCAUCACAUUUCCUGUGAUGGUGCUGGUCUCCUCAGUGUGUGGGGGGGGUCUCCUGCUGGUCCUGCUGGUGCUGGGGGGGGUCUUCUUCUUCUUCCUGAUCCGCAGGAGGAGACCCGUAGACCUCAACCAAACUCCAAUGUCUGUCACAGCCAUCAACGAAUACAAAGAGGAGGAAGAUGAGGAAGAGGAGAACGUCUAUAUGAACGUGGAUGACUUGGUCCCGCAGAAGAAACAGAAGUCAGGACGAGCGGAGGAAGAGGACAUCGAUGUCUACGAGCAGCAAGAGAGCUGUGCUGACUUCAGAGAGGACGAAGAGGACGGAGAGGAAAGAGAAUCCAGUGACGAUGAGGAUGAUUACGUUAACGUAGCCCUUAGUGAGCAAGUUGUUAGUGGAGAGGAUGAGGAUGAGGAUGUGUAUCAGAACCUCUGAGGGGUCCCACAGAGUCUCAGGAGAAGAUGAAGCCUCAGGAGAAGAGAGUAGUUGUCAUGAUCAUGGUUAUAUUAUUCCAUACACCGUACUAAACGGCACUGCUGUUUAUCAAAGUUGUAGGAUUGAGAUUACAAGGCAGGAAACAAUAUCACAUGUUGUUUUAAAUACUAAUCUGUCCUCCAAUUUAUCUGUGACCAAAGUCUUGAAGGGCUAACCUGUUUGACCAAUGAAGGAACACUAUUAUCAUAACCCAGUUUAAAGAUUCAAGAUUCAAAGGCUUUACCGUCAGAUGCACAGCAGCUACGGUGAAAAGCUUCAGUCCAGAGCUCCUCCAACGAUGCAACCAAGUUAUACAAGACAUAAAACAAUGACACCAAUAAACAAUACAAAUAGUGCAAGAAUUGUGUUGCAGACAAGUGUGCAAGUAGUUCAGAUGAAGUAAGUUAUAUAACUGUCAGGACAAUACAUAAAUACAAUAAGCCAAAUAGUGCAGAGAGUGUAUGAAGUGACCGGAUCUGUGAUUGGGUAUCAAUGCUACUAAGCUAUGCUAGUUUGCUUUUAGCAUUAGUUUAUUUGGUGUUCAUUUAUCCGCCAUUAUGUUUCAAAUCAAAACGUUCUGCAUUUCUACUCAGGUUUCUAAAGGCGUACAGAUCAGUUGGGUCGAAACGUCCCGAUAGAAAGUGGAAUCAGAGAUGCUAAUAACCAGGGACGUGCAGUUCAAGGCUGGUGAGGCACUGACUCUUUCAGAGGCAGAUUUACAUAUUUUGACCUUAAUCAAAAUAUUCUGUUAUUUUCAAAAGCUUUUUUAGUCUGAUGCUUCGAUUCAUUUUAAACAGACCGUUCAACAAAAGGAUACCCAACAUCUAAAUAUUGGAUUGUUCUUUCUUAGUAAGAUCUCAUUUUCAUUACAAUGGCGGUCUUACCUUGACUUGAAGAUGAAGUCCAUG